AUGAGGUCCAUCGUAUGGCGAUCACUCGGCUCGGUGUCGCUUCUCGUUCUCGUGGCACUCGGUCAGUCCCAUGGUUCCGUCCCGUGCUCGCCGUUCGUCAUCGAGCCCGAGGCGGGUGCGAACCGACUCGUCUUCACCCUUCACCGGCGCCACUUCUGCGACGCCCCAAGCUGACCACUCGAGCUCGUUGAUCACAGUGGUGCAUGCGCAAGACAUUCAGCAGAUCCCCUUUGAGGCUUCCGAGGCUGCAACAGAACUGCCUCUCUCCGAGGUCCGUUCGCCGGUUCUAUUCCAUCCUCAGUGACGUGGCCGCCUUGCAUUCCUUCUACAAGCAUACCGGCACCAUACUCGACCACUCCCCAAAAGGGCCGACUCUUUUCUGGUCUUAUGAAUGAACGCAUUCUACGUCGUCGUCCCUGGGCCUCGCCGAAGCGACUCGUGUGACGUGGCCGAGCGCAGUUCCCACCACCACCACCACCACCACCACCACCACCACCCCACACGAACCUCAGCCAGACCACGACAUCAACCACUGACUCGUCCCUCUCAUCUUUUCUCCCCCCUCUUUCCUGUUUCUCAUACCACACAGCCAAACCAUGAAACAUAUCCGCCCAUCACGCAAAACCUGAUACUCUCCGCUGCGGACAAGUAUGCGAUCGCCGACAGGUACUUGAGCCAGAUCACGCUGCACUCGAGCGCGGUCGCUUCGACGCCCUACGCCCCCUUGCUUCAACCCUCGUCCUACACCCCCUUUCUCGACCUCCUCGAAUCCCAUCUCGGCACCACAACAGGUCGAGGUGUGCGCGCCCUCCGCAAGGCCUUCGGUGCCAUCUCGGGCAAGACGAAGGUGACCGCCUCGAGCCUGACCAGCCCCGAUUGGAGUGUCCGAGGGGCGAUCGGCAGGCUCGGGUCCACCGUCACCAGUUUGAUCAGGCUCAGCGCUUCGUCCAAGUCGGACCAGGGCGUCAAAAAGCUCACGAACGAACAAGGGGAGACCGUCGUGGUCGGAACGGCAUGGAGGCAUCGAUUGGCGAGCUUCCAGCAUCGCAGUGCGGCCAAUUCGGGACGACCGAGGCAAUCCCUCACCGUCGAUGAGGUCACUGAAGGCCUGCAAGAGGUCGUCAAAAUCGCAAGAGAAGCGGCAGAAAUGGGUCACGCUCAGGCUUGGCUGUUGUUGGGAGAUUUGUAUCUAGUCAGUUCGGCGCCGAGCUUUCCCAUCUGCGCUGGUUCCGAGUUUGGGUCUCUGAUCUGAAUUUCUGGCCUGCACUCUUACAGACGGGCCACCUCACGCUCAAACCCAACACCAGCUUGGCUAUCCAAGCAUUCACCAAGGCCUCGCAGGACCACGGUCUAGCCGAGGCGCAGUACAAACUCGGCUUUAUCUACGGGUCCAAUUACGGAUCCGCGCUGGGAGGCACCCCCGGUGAAGGACAACAGGGCGACGUGGGUCUGCUUCCUGCUUGACAAUACUGACUGGUGCAACAUGACUGAAGCCUUUACCAUUCUCAACACAGGCCCUGCUGUAUUAUACCUUUGCUGGACUCUCUGGACACGUCCCCGCUUCCAUGACGGUUGGGUAUCGGCAUUGGGUCGGCAUCGGGACCAAGCAGUCGUGCAAAGAUGCACUCGGCUGGUACAAACGAGCAGCUGAUGCGGGCAAGUGA